GCACUUAUAUAAUACUCUUAGUUGCAAUAACUCUUUCCAUUCUUCAGAAAAACAAACAAAAAGCUAUGGUUUUUAUAACAAUAAUAGUAGUAAGCUUACUGGUAUGCAUUGCCCAUUGGGCUUACAGCCGGAGAAGAAACCAAAGGUUCAAUGGGAAACUGCCACCUGGCUCUAUGGGUUUGCCGUUCAUCGGAGAAACCAUUCAAUUCUUCACUCCCUACACCAAAAGAGACAUUCCUCCCUUCUUCAAAAAGAGAAUGGACAGGUACGGUUCUCUGUUUAGAACAAAUAUCGUCGGGUACGAAAUUGUGGUUUCGACAGAUCCCGAAGUAAAUAAGUUUAUUUUCGAGCAAGAAGGGAAGUCCUUCAUUUCCUGGUAUAUGGACAGCUUCGGCAAUAUUUGUGGAAAAGAUAAUUUUCUUUUCUUAUAUGGCGACAUACAUAAAUAUAUAAGGAACUUGACCUUGUCUAUACUUGGUGUUCAAGGCCUCAAAGAAAAAUUUCUUUCAGAAAUGGAAGAUUUAACUAGCAAGCAGUUAGAACUCUGGUCUGGGCAGCAAAGUGUGGAAUUGAAAGAAGCCCUUUCUACGAUGAUUUUUAAUUUGACAACUAAAAAGCUGUUUGGUUCUGGAGAAAAAAACAUAGCAAAGUUGAAACAAUGUUAUACUGCUUUUAUUGAUGGACUGAUCUCCUUUCCUUUGAACAUACCUGGAACUGCAUACUGGAAAUGCAUACAGGGACGCAAAGAAGCAAUGAAGCUUAUAAGUAAAAUGGUGGACGAAAGGCGAAGAAAUCCCAAUCGCCAACAGAAAGAUUUCCUUGAUGUUAUUGUAGAAGAACUAAGUAAAAAUGGAAAAAUUAUAACAGAGAAGAUGGCUUUGGAUGUACUUUUUGUUCUUCCAUUUGCAUUUUUCGAGUCUACUUCUUCCGCUAUGGUAUUAGCCGUUGAAUACCUUCUCGAAAACCCGAAAGCACUCGAAGAAUUAACUAAAGAACACGAAUCCAUUAUUAGCAACCGAAAAAGCAAUGAAUCUGGAAUCACUUGGCAAGAAUUCCGGUCUAUGACUUUUACACUUAAGGUUAUCAACGAAACAGCAAGGCUUGCAAAUGUUGUCCCCGGAAUUUUUAGGAAGGCUCUAAAAGACGUAAAAUUAAAAGAAUAUACAAUUCCAAAAGGAUGGAUGGUGAUGAUAUGCCCGACAACUGUUCAUCUGAAUCCCGUAAAAUAUAACGAUCCCUGCACCUUCGAUCCAUGGCGAUGGAAGCCGGAAGAAUUGCAUACUGGAUCAAAAAAUUUCAUGGUAUUUGGUGGAGGAUUGAGACUUUGUGCUGGAGCUGACUUUGUCAAAUUGCAAAUGGCAGUUUUUCUCCAUCAUUUAGUUACAAAAUACAGGUGGAAUGUGAUCAAGGGACAGGUCGUGAAGAAGCCAGGGCUGGUGUUUCCAAAUGGUUUCCAUGUUCAAAUCCUUAAGAAAAAUUUCUAAAGUUGUUUGCUUAUUGCUCUCUUUGCUAUUGAAACAGCUUUGCUACAAACUAAAGUCACAGGAGUCGCAUUAUAUAUGUUUUAUAAAUAAAAAUAGUUUGGUUAAAUAAAAAUCAGUUGAUGGUUUUUUGAGUAUUCA